CUCUUUGUGACUGAUAUAGCUAUUGAUUAUAUCUUUCUCCAAUAGUAGAGGCAAGCAUUCCUGCGGUGGUGUGUGCGGUAUAAUCGAAUGCUGUCCCACAGCUACUGGCACUCCAACUAACGGAGAAUGCCUUUUACGUCUAUGAAAGCGUGAACUGUUUUGACGUACCACCGUAUAUUCCUAUGCCAGUCAUCGGUUGUGUUCGCCAACGGCUUUCUCAGAUCAUCUCUGCUCUGUCACACAGGCUGGUUGAGAAACCAGCUGCAGUAGCAGCAGGGCCCAUAGUGGAACAGAGCUAGUGUCAUAUAUGAUUACUGUGGUUUGUUGGAUGAGAUUAGAACGAGGUGUAUCGCGUGUCAUAAUGGUUUUUUCUUCAUAGAAAGAUCGACGCGAGAGAAAGGAGACUACAACAACAUACUCGAUGGACGAGAUAUCAUCAGGAAGAUUUAUUUUCGCGCAGUUGUUUUAGGGAUAUUGCCACGAUCACUUUUUUACUGCAGCUAUUUGCAGUAGUGUCACAGCAAAGCUGUUUUCUAGUUAUCAGUGAUGUUCACUUUUGAUAUUUGUUGAUCUUGAAAGCAUCGUCAGACUAAACCCUUAUUAUUAUAGUGGUAAUAGUCACACAAGACUAGUACGAAUCGGUGUAAUCUACAUAAUUGUUGUUACUAUUAGAUAUUCAUCUGGCUGUUAAAAAAAUAUGAUCCUGUCAUCCGACGAUGACGAUCCGCCCCGCCGAUGCAACAAAUACAAUGCGCUGUUACCAUACGCAGACCAGUUGGAUCAGGAGGCAAGCAAACUGUUCGCCGAAAUCAAGUCAAAGAUUGCGGAAUGUCUUUCGUCUGCCGAAAUUCGACCCGGCCUAGUUAGCUGGCUAUUUCAUCUGCAGAGUUUCAUAGGCCUUCACGGCUUUCUCUUCAGCAAGGAAGACCAUGUAGAACUAAUACAUUUGCUCAUCGAUAUCGUGCUUCUGCCAGAUCUUGAUCUCGGAACUGUCCAAAAGGUGUCGUCGGCUAUCUGUCGCCUGCUAAGAAAGAAGCAUUUGCUGACCCCAAGUGACUUGACCAUCGAAUGGCGUCCACUGUUUCAGCUGACCGAACGUUGCCUCAACAGGUCUUUCGAGUAUCAUGGUCUAAUCCAGUGCCCGCAGACGCUCGAGUCCCAGCUAAACACAUUGAUACGAUCAUGUCGGCCUUAUUUCCAUUUGUCAGCUACUAAAGAAAUGUUGGACGAGUGGCUCGUUGACAUGUGUCCGUAUGACGACUUCCGGGAUACCUUAGUUCGGCGUCUUCAGUUGUUCCUACCAACGACGUUGCCGCCUGAACAUUUUGACAAAGGUUGGAAACUUUGGUUCGAGCGGUUCGUAACCUUGUGGCGUCUUGACCGCAGAGGUGGAACAGAAACAAUACUUGUCGGGCUGUUCGCUCGACUUGCAGAAGACAACAUUGGAUAUAUCGACUGGGAACCGUACGUGCCUGACAUAUUCACACGACUACUUCGAUCGUUCAAUCUGCCGUACGGGAAUGGUAGUCUUAAGGUAUCGCGGAGCUCGCCUUCAAGCCAGUGCGAGAUUGCUCAAUUUACACGAUGGAUUGUGGCAUGCCUCGGGGGCGGGUCAUCAACGCAGCUGCAUUUAGAAUUGUUGUUUAAAACCAUCGAAUCAUUUUAUCAUCCUAGUAAUUCUGGCAGAUGGACUUUACGACUAACGAAGUUCCUAGCCAAGCUUACUGAUGGCUUUCUCGACCGAGUGUGGCAAGAACGCAGGAAGACGAAGACCUGGUGUCACGAGAUCCCUGACAGCAAGAAACUUACCGAGAGCGACAUCGAUGCGUUCGUGAAAACCAUCCGACCGAUCGGGCUUAUGGCGAUGUUUUUGAAGAUGCAUUACACUCAUGGAUGCACAUCACUCCAGGCAAUCGCCUGGCUUCGACCCGAGGCCGUAGUGCCUUCUCUUCUUGAGAAACUCAACGAUGCUCUUUACAACGUAUCCGAACCGCACCGAUUAACAGCGACGCUUGUCUCGAUGGCAUUCGUAUCACGCCUAUUAGUCCUUAAUCACACCAAAAUGGGUGUGCCUAUAGAUAUUCCUGGCCUUCUUAUGGCCUGUCUACCUGGCAUCGAUCCUAAUGAUAACCGCAAAACAACGGUCACAUUCCAACUCAUUUCCACUCUCGUAGCUGUAGUGCCCCUGGUGGACUGUAGCAGCGUAGCCGAUGAUGUGGACCCGUCACUUCAGGAGGUUUGUCUGACAACAGCCGCUUUCGAGGACUUUGUUCUCGAGCUAAUCUCGAGGUGCAUGGCACUAAUCGACAAUAACGCCGCCGACAAUCAACAUCGGGAAAGCCAGACGAGCUCGUUAGAUGACAGCAUCCUCGAUGUGGGACUCGCGUCAACAUUUUCAGCAGUCUUCAACCAGUGCUCGCCGGCAAUCUAUCGAUCGGCGCUUGAUAAGUUGACUGGACUGAUCGAUAAUAAGAUUCUGAGUCGGGUGCCGGGUAAGCAGGUUGCAACUAUGGUGCGAUGCGCAGUUUCCGCUAAUCCUCAGUUAGGAUUAGAGACGUUCCUGAUACGUUUUGCUAAGCGGGCGUUGAUCCUGCUUGAGCCAGAUGAGGUUUUGCAGGAAGAAAAAGUGGACAACGAACUUCAGUUUUCACUCACGCUGUUAUCCGAGGUUGUGCGCUGUAACGGAGACGGAAUUCGGCCUCAUAUGCUGCUGAUAAUUAAAGUUAUUCGUCGUGGCCUUAGGCUGAAUUCGCGUACAGGCUACCUCGACUCAGGACUCAUACUGCGUCACACAUUUAGGGCUCUGGUGGCCGUGUACCCAUAUUUCUAUCGAGUUACCCCAAGACCAUCUGUCAUAACCGCUGAGAAUCUACCAAUUCCACAUUGGGGUGCAAGUGAGGACAUGACGAGCAUUCAGAUUAAGUGGCACACACCCUCAGAUGAAGACAUCAACUGCGCUAAAGAACUAUUCGAGGCAUGUAGUCAACCUGAGAUCGAUCGACUUCGACGUUGGUGUGACGAUCCGCAAAAGAACUCGAUGACCAAAGAGGAAGUGCAAAGGUCACUUACCGUCAUCUGGGAUACACUUCAGGGGCUCGGCUCAUGCUUACCUCCUCUGAGAGGAGAGGGAAUCAAUGUGCUCCAAACAAAUACCUCUAUAUUUUGCAAUCGUGUCCAGAACACAGGGAAGAAAAUCUUUUCCGAAACGCUCCGCGAAAGUAUUCUGAACGACAUUGAACGAGUGGUGUUAACGGUGUCAACGAUUUACGAGGACGAUAUUAAGUCGUUCAUCUUCAUCUGUCGCAUUAUCAGCUCAGUGGCGUUCUAUUUUGGCGUGACCAAACCCGAGUUCGAGGUCCGCUAUAAGGGCUACAAGUUAGCCAAACAGAUGUUUGAUCUUCGACUUGUCGAGAGCUCGCUAAAGCAUACCCGUUCUGUUAUCGUCGACCGCGCUCAACUACAGCAUGAGCUAAGGCUGAUGCAGGUGUGUCAACAAUUUACCAACAACCACAAACGGGCAAUGCAGAUUUUGUUCAAAUUGGCCAUUUCACAUUAUUCUCAGGUGCGAAUUCAGGCGCAGGAUGUUCUAGACGCCUUUUUCACGGUUUUCUCGCGCAGUUAUCGGUUCGUGCUUGAUGACGUAUGCUCUUUACUUGUCAGCCCCUCGAUAAGCCAUGACCAGUAUAAGGGUAUACUCUACACUCUAUUAGGCAACAAAGACCACAACAUUCUAACGACAAACAACUGGAACGCUAUGGCCAAGCUGUGGCCAUCACUUGUGAGUGCUCAGCAUUCAGAAAAACCGUCUAUCAUCACGUUGAUUAGUCGUCUUCAGGACCAGGUUGUCAAGUACAUGGAAACCUACCCGAUGGUUACCAAGGUACCAGUGCAGAUAGCAAGGCGGGCACGCGCUCUAGCAGGGACACUUAUGGAGACCUCUGAGAUCAAACCUGAUGAUACACCUAAAACCUCUGAGCUAAACCUAGAGAAUCUAAUAAUGAAUGGAGAAGCAAAUGAGGCAGUUUAUGAUAAACUCGUUGUCGAUCUCACCAAACUGGUUGGCAGCGGAAAGCUACACUGGCGACAUCACUAUCUCGGAUUGGUUAUGCUCAAGAUGUUAUUACGGCACGAUCUUUCCUUCAAAGAGGAAACUGUUCAGAUGAUCACGGAUCAUCUGAUAUCGGAACACUUGCGUACGCGUAAAAUCUGUAUUGAUAUCCUUACCGGAAUCCUUUAUCAACAGAAAAGGAAAAUGCUUAAAGUUAAGAUAAAGCGCGAAACUAUCGAAGAGGUGAACGCCAAAAUUCCGCUCAACCCGGCAUUUGCAAAGUGCCUGGAAGGCCGCAAAAAUCGACCAUUCAAUUUAUUUCUGCAGCUUAACUCAGCCAACUAUCCUGAUACGCAAGAGCGCUGGGACAAGGCCAUUUUCAUACACAAACCCUAUGUCGGUUACAGUGGCCUGAAGGAUGAAGUCGAACUGUAUGCGCCGGACAAAGAACAAUGGCCAAUUCCUAAGCCCGAGCAGAUGAAUCCUGUAGAACAGGUUAUAUUCGCACACUUCGCCGACCCCGAGUUCGUUAAGCAAUUUAUUUUCUAUUUAGCCAUUGAAGAGAACAAAGGCCGGGAUAAAUUCGAGGGCAAACGGGUGGGCUUUUUUAAAGGACUGUUUCGUAAUUAUGGCGACGCGUUCAUUGGCAACUUUGAAGGGUACUUGAACAAGUAUCUCAAAGAAAGCAAACAGGAAUCAGAACAAAGAUGUGCCCUCGAAAUUCUUGCAGGAAUGGUACGCGGAGCUAAACACUGGAAUUUCGAGAGAAACCAAAAUCUGGCCAGGCUCGUUGUGCCGUUAUUUGAAGAGGGUACAGCAAACAUUUUACCAGAGACAAUGGCAGACUGGGGCGCUUGCGUGGCGACAAUGCUUGAGGCGCGGGAUUGCAACAAGUUCUAUUGGUUCUUUGAGGUGAUUACCAAAAACUUAUUCGAGGGCAGCUCGUUUAUUCAGGCUAGCCGUAUGUACACGCUUCUUGGUGGAUUGGUACAAAUGCGAUGGCGAGUGCAGGAAAUCGACCAUCGUCUGCUGGAAGAAAUAAUUCCAAAUUUGGCACACCCAUACCUCAACGUCCGCGAACGUAUGGCUCACUUGUUGGCGAACAUUUUCGCGUUCGACGUACGUAUUAACGAUGGUAUGAUGACAAAAUUUGAUAACGAAGACCACUUCGUGCUAGCGCCGAAAAGCAUCGACUUUGAGACGAAGGUGCUGAGUUCGCUCGAAAUGCUCAAACUCGACAAUCACGAACAGGAAAAGGAGGCGGCCAAGAGACUCUUCCAAACACUGCUUAAAUGGCAAGCGUCGCAUUGUGUCCAAUCAUACGCAUGUGUCCUUCCACGAGAAGCCCUGAUGUUGAUUCCAACGGCAUGCCGGCUUAUUGCGGAUACCAGCAACGAGGAGCUUCAAAAAGAUUGUGGCAUUCUAGUAGCACUCCUUGGCUAUGAGCUAUUGUCAAAUCAAACGCUUCACCUUGUCAUCGAAGCUGUGCAAGCCAGUCUAAAUGAACCUUUUUGGAAGGUGCGUACUUUCGUCGUAUCGCUGCUUCUGUUCGUGACUUACAGCAAUCUGUUUUCGGUUAGCGCCGAUCCCAAAUUAAUGCAAGACAUCAAGGACAUCAUCUUUAAGGUGAUCGCUGACCAGCGAGUUGAGGUUCGCACAGCCGCUCAACAGGCCCUAUCUGGCCUGAUCCACUGCGGACUCAUCGCCGUCACCGAUGAAAUGCUCAACAAAACUAAGCGGAAAUUAAACAAAACUUCGCGCCAACUUCGUGAUCGUCGAGCAGCACGUCGUGCUCUUCUAGAAGUGAAACAUACUGCAUCGAAAAACGACGUUACACAAGAAGGAAACUUAGAUGAGAAAACCGUGGAAACGAAAAACGCCCGUGUUGAAAAUGAUUCAGAGCUCAUUAUUAAUUACCAUGCCUGCGCCUUAGAAUUGUGCGCUAUGGUCAAUGCAUAUCCUUACGACGUCCCGGACUUUAUGCCCGAUGUCAUCUGCACACUUGCCGAGCACGCGAAUGCCCCACAACCAAUAGCGUCAACGAUUAGGAAGACAUUAUCAGACUUCAAGCGGACCCAUCACGACAAUUGGCGCAAUCAUAAAGACAAAUUCAGCGAAGAGCAGUUGGGUAUAAUUACCGAUCUGCUCGUAUCCCCAUCAUACUAUGCGUAAAUACUAGCAGACAAACACCGGUCGUAAAAUAUUUAAUGGUAGAUUAUGUUUUUAGUAAAUAAGAUGAAGAAACUCUUAUUUAGUAAUUAGUGAGUAACAUGUGUGGUCCAAAAGCAAGGUGCUUACUUUCAGCCCAGAACAUGUUCUGCGACAGGGCUUGUGCUCGUCGCCGUGAGACUGCUGGGCUUUCAGUACGGCGCAUGCUAGCAUAUUAGCGUAGAAGGAGAGGCUUUCAUCAAAACCGAUGGGGAAAGCUUGAUUGUUAAAAAAACUCGUACCUGUAGGUUGCUAUUACCGGUAAAGCAAACACUUGUGUUGCCACCUUUAAUGGUUUAAUUAUAUAGACAGGAAAAACCCUGUAGUGGGCCAGGUUUCCACAUCUCAAUAAUUUAAACUGCUCGGAAACAUCUUUUAUGAAAAAAAACUUAUCAUUUCGUCUCCCUACCACAACGAUUUUUUUUCUCUUUAAAUCGCUAAGCGAUUUUAAUGAAAUGGUUUUUUCCGUAUUGUGGCUUAUUGAGCGAUUGGUCGUUUACCUUGGAUUUGCGAAGAUAGUGAAAAAGACAUGAAUAAAUACAUCAUCAAGAACGGGGCAGAUAGUUAACUAUAGUGAAAUAUUGAAUUAAGCAUGCCUCCUGCAAUUUUAAGUGGAACUCUAUUCGUAGAAAAGAAGCUAUAGAAAGAUGCGCAAAUAGGGAUUUUUGCUCCUGGGCUGCGAUCGUACAGCGUCCGUACAAAUUAUCUAUACAUUUCCUAUAGAAAAAAACUCGAGACAUUUUUUUAACCUAUAUUUUGAUUGUAGAUUAAUUUUCAAGUGCACUCUUGUGAAAGCGGAAAGGGUCAUGUCUCUCUAGCAGGUUUUUGCGCUUAGAAUUAUUAUUCAUUUAUUGAUUUUACCUAAGUAUGUGUUUUCAAUGUGCUAUGUGCUCCAACAAAAUAAGAAAAAUAUUUUUCAUUAACUGCGCGCAAAAUAGGUAAGGCGGAGCUGUAGGUGAGGCUACAAAAUAACGAACUAGACUAAUUGAUAUAUUUCAUUCGAUAAUUAAAUGAGUGUGUUCGACUAAUAAAACGCAUUGUUUUAUUUGCGCGGCUUUGAGAAUAGCAGAAGGUGACAGCCGUCCUUGUGUAAGGCCCGUGGGGUCUAUCAAAAGUGUAUUAUUUUAUUAGGUUCUCUCUCUCUGAACACAUGUUCAGUUAAUUCGCUUUCCCCACAAAGUAACUUGUACAUGAAAGAGAAAGUACAAACUAAAAAGACGUGUAGUUAAUAGUAACGACGACCCAAAAAAGGGGUCAAAGGUGAAAAAAAACAAAGUAGAAACUCUUAAAUGCGGAACUGGAAUACUAUUAGCAAUACAGUUAUCUUACAACAUCGUUUACAUAUCGACUAACUGCAGUUCUGUGUAGGUGUGUGCAGUCCGCUAGAUACAAGCGCGUCAUAUGUGCAACAUACGUUGGAAAUAUAAUGGGCUGUAACCUCUGCUUCUCCCUAAAGCUGUUGCUCAUUCGUCAUAAAUUACCCGUGUCGAUGAUCAGGCAAGUUGACGGUGUAACCUCAAAUUUCAUACUGUGUUCUGCCCUAGAGUGAUCGGAGUCGCACACCAAUCUAUAUUGAAGUAGUAUAUGGGUAUCUAUUGGAGAAAGUAAACUAAAUAGUUGAAUAGGUUUGUCCGUUCGUGGUAUGUCUAAUAAAUAGUUGUUGUGGGAUGCUCGAGGGGGGAAGGAUAACUUCGAAUGAUCAAACUGAAACUAUGAAAAAUAGACUUGCACCGCAAGGAGGAAAAACGUUUGUGUAUGUCACAGUAUUCUAAGAAUCAAUACUGUUUCGUUGAGAUAAGAAAAUCUUGAACUAUUAGAAGUAGACAGAGUUCCAACUAUUUAUAUAUAUAUCGAUACUGGAUAUAUAUAUAUAUAUAUAUAUAUAUGUCCAGUAUCGAUGGGUAAACAAAUAGAUAGUUGAUACUAGUAACAACAUUGUAAGCGAAAGAGAAAAAUACAGAAUGGAGUCGAAAGAAGUGUUGACUGUUGCUGUCCCUUUGUUGUUAUAAACACACCUAUUUUUAAUGAACAGUCUUAUACUCUUGUAUACAGGUUGGCGUAUACGGUAUUCGCUGUAAUAAAAAACGAAAAUGUGAUUUUGUUAAAUUGUCUAUUCA